AUGACUUUAAUCGAGCGUCUCUGGGCGGUAGUGACGUCCUUCAUCACCUGGCAUUCAAUUCCCGGUUGGAGUGAAACCCAAGCACCAAUACUGCCUCUCAGCUAUACAAAUAAAGUUAUAGAUUAUCCGAUCUUUAAACCACCUGGUGUCCCAGAUAAUGAGAAUUUCCAAUGCGAGUAUCCGCUCAUGAAGGGAUGGGAAGACUGUUCCCACGGACUAGACCGUGAGUGCUGGAUUAGGAGCAAGUCAGAUGGGAAGCAGUUUGACAUCAACACCGACUACGAAAAGGCCACGCCGACAGGAAUCGAGCGUUACUAUAACAUUGACUUGGCCGACAGCUUUUACGCGGCGGAUGGGAUAAAUUUUACAGAAGCUAAGCUAUUUAAUAAUAGCUACCCAGGGCCUUGGAUUAGGGCCUGCUGGGGGGAUCGGUUGAUCGUGAAAGUCACCAAUAAUUUAAACUAUAAUGGCACCUCGGUACACUGGCAUGGCAUCCGUCAGCUAAACACCAUGAUUAUGGACGGCGUAAAUGGCAUCACGCAAUGUCCUAUUCCUCCUAAAAGUCACUUCGUCUAUAACUUCACCCUAAAUCAGUACGGGAGCUCGUGGUACCAUAGCCACUACUCUGUGCAAUAUGCUGAUGGUGCCGCGGGCCCAAUAACUAUUUAUGGUCCUUCUUCGGCGGACUGGGACGAAGCCGUAAACCCCCCCCUGAUUAUGACCGACUGGUACCACACCUCGGCUUUUAAGGUGGUGUCAAGUGACGAAUCUAAGCCUCCAGAUGACAUCUUGCUCAACGGCCGCGGAGACAUUACCAAGUUUUCCGAUAGCAACAAGCAGACAACGCCUAUUAAACCUGCAUUAAACAUUAUCUUUCAAAGCCCCCACCCAGGACAAAAAUACAAGAAGUAUCUACUUCGUCUGAUAAACACAUCAUUUAGCACUACCUUCGUUUUUAGCAUUGAUAACCAUGCUCUUCAAGUUAUUAGUGCUGAUUUCGUCCCAAUUCAGCCCUACCGUACCAAGUCUAUCCUAGUGGGCAUUGGCCAACGCUAUAAUAUAGUUGUUGAAGCUAAUCCUCAAGCUAUUAACACGUCUAACCAACUCCCUAGUGACGGGAACUACUGGAUCCGUACCCAGAUCGCAUGGUGUUUUAACAGCCAGGAAGGAAAGGAUGGAUAUGAUGAAGUUGCCAUUCUGCGUUAUAAUCCAUUAAGCACCAGUGAUCCUACGACCAAUAGAUGGCCUGAUAUUUCUCUGAACUGUGCGGACGAACCGUACACGGAUUUAAAUCCAAUCGUGCCGUGGACUGUGACUUCUCCUAGCAAUGGGGUUCUGAAUGCUGCGGCUUCGCCCUUCGGCGAGGAAUUCGACGUGUUCCCCGGUAUGCGGCAAAAAAUGGACUAUCCCAUCGCGGGGUGGACAAUGGAUAGUAAUAAGACUAGACACGCUCCUAUACGCAUCAAUUACUCGGACCCAACCGUCCUCCACUUGAAUCCAGAAGAUAAUUUGAUGACACACUCUGAGCUCUGGCGCGUUCAGCCAGAGAAUUACACCAAUAGCCAAUGGAUCUACCUGGUCCUGCAUGGGGGGAAGAAGAAGUCCACAGGGGAAGAAGAUACGCAAGGUGCUCAUCCGAUCCACUUACACGGCCAUGACUUUGCAAUUCUUGAGCAAGCCAAAAAAAAGUGGAAGCCAGAUAACCUGAACCUCAAACUUGAUAAUCCUCCCCGCCGCGAUGUCGUCUUACUGCCUGAUGACGGCUAUGUAGUUAUCGCGUUUAAAGCUGAUAACCCUGGGCUAUGGCUUGUACACUGUCAUAUCGCCUUUCAUAUUGCUGGGGGUUUGGGCAUGCAAAUCUUGGAGAACCGGCCAGGCGCGUUUAAUAUUUGGCCAGAUAAUAAUAGCGGGAUUGUUGAGGCCCGGCGAGUUUGCAAGGAGUGGAAAACCUUCUACUCAAACCAUACUAAUUGGGCGAAUAAACACGAGUCGGAGGGGGGCGAGUGCAAAGAACAGAUUGAAAAUAUUGGCUGGUGCUUUCAGGACGAUUCCGGUGUUUAA